CUUUUUACUCCAGAGCCUGAUUACAGCCUGGUAGAUGCCCCAGAAUUUCCCGCUGGCGAAAAUAGUCGGGAAUGUAGCUCCACCUUACUUCAAAUGAAGGAUGGAUGUCAGUCACAUGUGGCAAACCAUUUGCACACCGGAAUAUUGACAUCUCCUGCCACAAAAACGAGACCUGGCGAAUCUACCCUCAUAAUGGUGAAGCCUUACUCAGGUAAAAGAUCAUUUCAUAAUUAUGAAGAAGCAUACUUCAUUUUUUCAUCGGAGGAGGAUUUGUCCGGCCGAGCAGAAGUAUAAAUAAAGGGUCAAAAGCGCGGGAAACUAGAUUUAGUUUGGUUUUUAAAACGCGAAAACAUUUCAUCAGCGUCAAGCGCGCUAAAAACACAUACCAACGCAAGUAAAGGAAAUAAAAAUUGUUUUUGUCUGUAUGUUUUUUUCCUGGUAAAUGCGUUACAGUGGCCAUUCAAAGCUCGAGAUUUUUUUGAUCAUGUGUUGACCUGCUUGAUCGUUGUUUCUCCUCUUUAAGACCCCGGUCAUAACGUUCCGGAGGAGAACGGGCAUCAGCGCGUGUGUAUUCAUGGGAUACCAUUAGGAGGUAUGAAUGGUGAUCCGCAUCAAGUGGAUUGCACUCUCUGCGAGAGGCCUGGAUCUAGAGGAGGAAGGGCUCUUGCAGGCAUGAUAGCCUUCCGGAGAGCACAGUCCAAAAAGCGAAAGUCUGGGUCGCUUCCUCAAAGGCAAAAACUGACCGAAGAGCAUGAAAAGAUGAGGAAAACCACAGAAGAGUAUGACAAAGCUCUACGCGAGUUUGCUGAGCGACACCAGAACGACGAUUAA